AUGACACCCAACGUUGACCCCGAAAAGCUCAGACAAGAGCGGCACGACGAGGCUGUCAAGGUGUUGACUUUGCUUGCAUUCAAUCCUGUCGGUCUGCAACGCCUCGCGGACACACUCGACAGAUCUAUCAUUCCGACCUCUGCCUACCAUCCCAACCUCGAAUCUGCCGACAUCGCUUUCAUGAUUGCCAAUGCGCACAAAGACGGCCGUCAUUUCAUCACUCACGGCGAUGUUCACCCCGCGUUCAAAGAGGCCCGCGAGCAGACUGCUACGGGUCUCCCUGGGCAACGAGUGCGUGCGAGCUUCCAAGAGAGAGUUCAAAACUUGGGGUUUGAUGCAUUCACGGUCUUAGACCGUAUUGAUGGCGGAUGCACGUUCGCCAUGCAUGUAUCAGGCACACAGCAGCCUACCUUGCGUACUGCCGGCACUCUUCCCCUUCCCCAGGAUCUGCGCAUCCAGGUAUAUGCCCCACCCAACGUCCUGGCCGAGAUUCCGAGUUCCCAUGCGACAUUGGCCAAACUUGUCCAGAUGUUCACCGAAGAUCUCGCCGUUCACGUCGUCCAACAGUUCGAGAUUAUCGCCCGCGACAAGCUGAACUGGUCGUUCAAGUGGAACGAAGAUCGCCCCAGCGCAUCAUUUGCUCCGGGACCUUCACUGACGUCUCUGCUUCCCGACUCUCGCGGCACCGCACACUACAUUUUCAGUGGCCGUCCUCGUGGGCAACUUGAUACGUUGAUCGGCGCGAGCAAGGCUCCUCAGAGCCAGCCUACGGCCGAACAUCAUAACCUACUCGACGAGAUCGAAGUCCUGCAACGUCAGCACGAGGAGCUCGAGGUGUCGAUGCAUAACCUCAAUGUCGAAAUCGACGCGAAGGCCGACCAGAUUGUGCACUUGAACUUACAGCUGAGCAUCGCGAACGCCAAAGUAUCGAAGCAAGAAGCACUCCUCCAAAAGCGGGCUGACGAAGUCCACGUGUUGCGCCAGGAGAAGGCAAUGGUGCAAUCGGCCAAUGAAAGGCUGACAAAGGCUUUGGCAAAGGAGCGCGAACUCAUCCAGGAGUUGAAGGCGAAGCUCUCCGUGGACACUGGUAUGCAAACGAUGAGUCUAGGCUCACCGUCGUGA